AUGAUGAGGUCAAGCAUUUUGUUGGGCUAUUGCUUGCUUCUUAAUUUUUCUGCGGUGUGCUUAGGUGCGAGGGCUCAAACACUAUGGCCAUGCAAGUCAUACUAUAAAGGCUGUUCACACCUUCCCGACAUCAUAUGCAAGGGGGUUGAAGAUGCGGCCUCAAAAGAUCGACGGAUGCCUGCUUCUCUGCUCCGACUUCACUUUCAUGAUUGUUUUGUCAAUGGUUGUGAUGCAUCAAUUUUAUUGAACGGGACCAACUCCGAGCAGCAAGCCCUUCCAAAUUUAAAUUCGAUAAGAGGAUUGGAAGUCAUUGGCAAUAUUAAGAAAGAUUUGGUUAAAAAGUGCCCUCAUACUCCUGUGUCUUGUUCUGAUAUAAUAGCCGCCGCUGCAUACUGUGCUGUAGCAAUGAGCACAGAAGCAAGUCUACGGCGUUAUGUGAGGCAGCCACUAUGCGGAAGACUGGAUGGAUUUAACUCGUCCAAGGCUGCAGCGGAGAAGGCCCUGCCCAGUCCAUUUGAGUCCUUGGCUCAAAUCAAGGCAAAGUUCUCUGCUGUUGGCCUCAAGGACGACAAAGAUAUGGUGGUACUGUCAGCUUCUAUGAUUAAAAUGGGGAAUAUAGGUAUGCCUGCUGGGAAAAAAGGACAAAUUCGUGACGAUUGCAGUAAGGUUAAAUAG